CAACACCAAUAUUUGCAUGCAUGUUGUUGAAUGUGUCGCAUUGCCACUUUUAACUCCCUCGAGCUCAUUAACAUUAUGAUUAACAGAGUAUGUAUACGAAAAUGAUGCAGCUGCAUCGCUGUGCUCUGCGAGAUACCUAGCGAGCUAAGAGCUUGUUUGUCAUCUAUGUGUACUCAUCUAAAAGUAAAACCUGAAACGAAAAGGUGACCCAUGUUAAUGCUUGUUGCCUCCUAAGCAACAACAGCUACCUUACGAACCUGCAGUUUGCCAGACGUUAAAACCUUCCCAUAGUAACGAUAGCUCUCCGCAGGCUAAUGUGAACUGAACAUAACACAUGGCUAGUGCGCUUAAAAUAACAUUGUCAUUACUGAGCUUCGACUGUACCAGCUACCCAUGUACAAGUGCUGGUAAUUGCAGCAACCACCCGGGACGCUUUUUCAAGGGUAGAGGAAUCUAGACCGUCUAUAACGGUUGAUCCUCGGUGUGUGAGCACAUGCAUGCGUUCGACCUUUUCGUUUAAUGUGUACGGUAUAAAUGACCACCGUUGCUAUUCUGUGGAAGGCAGAUAACGUUACAUCGACCUAUGGAUAGCAAGUUAUUGCUCGCCUCGUUGUGAGCAUUCGAUUACGUAGUGUUGCAUCAGAGAUCAAUGUAAGUGGAAUUUACAAAUGUGACCAGGACAUGUGAUUAUAGAAUAGAAUAGACUGUAUGUGUCAUUGUGCAUUAGAUACGAAAUGUGUUUGUGCAACCACUAAAAAAAAGUGCAGUUGUGCUGGGAGAUCGGCAGGAAAUUAGGGCAGAAAAUGAAUACAGGUGAAUCAACUGCUGAAAAGAGCGUUUAUACAUAACUUACGACUGUCAGCACCACACUCAGGACACCAGGGUUCUACUUAAGUCGACAAUAAAGUUCCUUUUUCACGAUCACACUGAAUCAGUGGAGAUUGACGUGGGCUUUUUGAUGCAGUCUUGGCUUUUCAAACACCACUGAAUAGGCAUAGUGGAAAUUCAUGAAAUAUAUAUGCGAAAGGGACACAGGUCGAGAUUCCCUUUCGUUCUACGGGAGAGCGUCAUGAAACACAAGAUGAAACGAUGAUGCCACCGUUUCCUCACAUCCUUAUCUGACCUCACCUCAAAGUUAAAGUCCCCCUUUCCUUCCGCCGGGAGAGCGUCAUAAAACACAAUAUCAAACGAUGAUGCCACCGUUCCUCACAUCCUUAUCUGUAAAUCCACCCCACCUCAAAGUUAAAGUUCCCAUUUGCAGCGAUAUUAACGAAUAAUAUUAAUUUGCGAGUCUUAACCGUUUUACAUGUCUGAUUUCCAUAAACCACUUGAGCUUAUUUGUUAAAGCAAAUUAUGGAGUUCUGGUCUAAAACUAGCUAACUAACUACCUAAAUAGCAUGCAAAAACCUUCUAACCAUCACCAACAGCCCAGUUGGCACUGAUAAAAGCUUGAUGACAUGCUUACUGUUCUCUUUCGGCAAAGUUGUUGGCAAAGUCGUGUUUUUCUUAAAUUUUUCGCAGUGUGUUCCGUCCCGGACCACAGAACUAAAACAUACCAAAAGUAGUUGCUUUUAAAAACAUACCUCAGAAACUAGUACAUUCUAACACUGUUUUGAUUUAAGCCUACAGGACAUGGCAGUGGUUGUAUUUUGUGCAGUACCACCCAUUCUUUUCUGGACCGUCGGUUUCGGUAAUCUGUCCCACUUGAUGUAGAUGUAGGCUGAUGCAAACGGAUGCAGUAUUGUAGUAAUUUCUUUCCGUUACUCCUAGUAAUCCUAUCAGUGGUAGUUAUGUGUACAUAUUUAUAAAAACGAAACCUUUCGUCACUCUUACGCCAUCUAUCGAUGAUCGUUUUAGUAGCAUGUUUUGUUGACCUUUUUGAGAGAGAAUGGAAAACGAAACUUAAUAGUCGUCAAACUUGCGCCAUAUAUAUAAGCAUCGUGUUUCCCCUGUGUUGCAUGUAAAUUCUGAGAUUUCUUUCUUCUUCUUACGGCGAGAAACACAUCGCAGCUAGUUUGUCUUUUAGUUUGAGAGGCCAAUGCAGUUAUUUACUUUCCAGACAUCUUCAGAGCAAUACAUUGAACUGCUCAGCACGAGGAACCUUGCGGCGCAUCUUCCCGAGGAAGCGUUGUUUUUUUUGUCCAGUAAUGCUUUCGAUCCUUUGAAUUAUUGUGUUGAUAAUUCGUGAUUUAGCGUUUUUUCACCUACAGUACUUAAUCGAUUAUGCUGGCUUCCGGGUGGCUUCAGCACUUGAACAAGUUAUUAGGUAACAUGGAUAUCACACAUUUGGAAUCGUCUUUUUUCUUUACUGUAGCAAUGACUCUGUUUGAGGUGAAGGCUGCCUCAGUCUGACUGCCCAGCCCAUUGGCUGCCACUUUCAGCUGUCCUCCUGUGGCCCGGUCCGUGCGUGCCUCCCUGUGCCCCCCUGCCCCUGCCCAUUGAGCUAUGAGCAGAGGUAGAGGAGGGCCCCCCACAGAGCACCAGCGAUUCUCCCAGCCUCGUUACCCAGGCAAAGUCAGAUUCGGCCACACUCCCCCGCCCUUUGCCCCGAAGCAACGAAACCCCAGCUCCUUCUAUGACAGGCACCCACCCCCUUCUCCCCUUCCUGCCAGUCCUGGCCCUUCAUCUCCUUUUGGAGGUCCCUCGCAUUCUCUGCCUUACCCACCUCCUUUUGCGCCCCCCUUCUCAGGCCCUUCCCCUCGCCCCACCUCAGGUAAUGGUUUAGCCCCUGCAGACUUCCGCGAGCAACAGGUGCGUUUCCUGCGGGGCCAGACGUUCCAGGCGCCCCAGUUCCACGGCCCGCCCCGCUCGACCAAUCAGCAGGCGGAAAGAAGCGAGUUUACCCAAUCCCGCGGUUACGGCCAAGCAGGUGGCGGCCACACCGCUGGCAGAGGCAGCUGGAGGAGCUCAGGGUCUGCGGACUACCCGCCCCGCUACCCUAAAAGACAGUUGGGCCGCUGGAACAGCCAGCCACAGCCCCAACGAACACAUCCAGACCGACAGUGGGAUUGCGACAGCAGCGUCUUGUCCCUAUCCACAGGCUUUCAGGGCCUGAGUUUCGACUGUAAUAACCCCAGAGGAGGUGGCUUUGACCAGGCUUCGUCCACCAGCAGCAGUAGCCGGAGCGGUGGCAGACAGCGGACCGAACCAGCCACGUACACAAUCACCCACUGCCCAGAGAUCCAGCAGCGCGUCUACCAGGCGCUCACAGCCCUAGGGCCAGGCGAGACUCUCCAGGCCCGGCCCCUGGCCAAGAGGCUGCACCUGCCCAAGAAGGUGGUCAACCAGGCGUUGUAUGCACUCGCCCGCGCGGGGCAGGCCAGGAAGCACAGCGACGUACCCCCUCUGUGGACGCUGUGCGGAGACGGACGUGAGGCCGGGGCACCAGCGGAGAGCACUGGCACGGCCUUCACCGUGAUUGUGAAGCAAGAGCCUACCUCUCCCGUACCCCAGAGGCAAGAAGGUGGAGUACACUCUGUGAGUGAGCAGCCAGAGUUGCCUCGUGCUGCAAAGACAAACUUUGAAGAGGAAGAGGAAGACGAGGAGGAGGAGGAGGCCGACGAAUACGACGACAAUAACUACGACGACAUCAACCUGUUGGAUCUUGACCGGGAGGAAGAAGCUCCUACGUUGAAUUUGUCGAAUCCAAACUUCAAUCUUUCGCAACUGGAUUGCGCCACACCAGCUUUACCGGGUCUAAAACUCCGUGCCAGUUCUCCGUCGGCAGCCAUGUCAGACACACGGGAGCAGCGCGAGCGCGUGCUGCGGUACCUGCAUGAGACGGGCGAGGCCAGUGCGCUGCUCAUCGCCAAGAACCUGGGCCUGCGCACGGCCAAGCAGGUCAACCCGCUGCUUUACAGUCUGGAGCAGCAGGGUCAAGUAAGCAGCGAGGGCACGCCGCCACUCUGGAGGCUCAGCGGGCACAGCCGCACCCGCAUGCACCGCCAGCGCAAGGCCGCAGAGGCACACGUCAAGCGGGAUGACGGCGCAAGCUGGGCAGGCAUCUACGCCGCCGAGGCAGCCAGUGAGAUGCAGGCAGGGGACAGUCUGGGCCAGUCGGUCUGUACCAGAGGUGCUCUGGGAAACGGAACGUCGGCUGCCAUGCCGAGCCUGGAGCCCAGCGUUCCAGACGGGGACCCUCCCUUGUUCCGGCACCCUGCUCUCGUGAAACAGCAAGCAAGCGAACAAAACGGCGCGGCCGGUGGUGCUGGUGGCGGCGGCACUGGCGGUGGUGGUGGUUCUGAAUCGGCGCAGUGGGCCACGGACGAGAUCCCAGAGUUCCUGAACAUGAUCAACCAGGAGGGCCAGCAGCUGCAGCAGUGCGGGGGGACGGAGCCAGAGGGGGGCACGGUGGCCGUGUCGCUGGCCGCCCCGCCGCCCCACCCCAGCACCAUGGAGGCCAGCCGGCGCCAGAAGCUGCAGGAGGUGCGGACCAAGAACCCGGUUAGCGGCCUCAUGGAGCUGGCGCAGUACCUGGGCCAGACCUGCGAGUUCCUGCUGCUCGACCAGUCUGGGCCCUCCCACGAUCCCAGGUUCCGCAUGCAGGUGAUGCUGGAUGGCCGCCGCUACCCCAUCAUGGAGGCGUCCAAUAAGAAGGUGGCAAAGAACUAUGCUGCCGCGGCGACACUGAAGGUGCUGCAGCGGGAGAUGGGUGGAGGGGGAGCCGGAGGAGAUGGAGGAAGAGGAGACAAACGCCCCAGCCCUAGCCCUAGCCCCCCAGCCCCAGCCCCAGCCCCAUCCACUGAGAGCCUGGAGGAGUUUGCUAGUGGGGAAGCGCCCCCCCUGGCUCUGGCUCGCUCGCUCCCCGGUGGGAAGAAUCCCGUCUCCAUGCUGAUGGAACACAGCCAGCGCAGCGGCGACGCCAUCGAGUUCAUCAACACGCGCCAGGAGGGCCCGCCUCACGACCCACGGUUCAUGUUCCAGGUGAAGGUGGGCGACAGUCUCUUCCCAGAAGCCUCUGCUCCCAGUAAGAAGGCGGCGCGGCAGCUAGCCGCCGAAGAGGCCGUGAAGGAGAUGCUCUCCGACGGACGGCUGCAGCUCAAUAAGCCUCAGCCCAGCUUCCUGCCCAGUGUGGAGGUUGGUGGCGGCGCCGGCGGUGCUAUGCAGACACCGGCUCUGCCAGCGUGCCCGUCUCUGCCCCCUCUGAGCGCGGCCGAGCUGCAGCGGGCACACGAGGCCGGCGUGGGCGACCUCAUCAACCACCUGAACAACAACGCUGUGUCGGGCCUGCUGGAGUACGCCCGUGCGCGGGGCUUUGCUGCUGAGAUCCGCCUGGUGGGACAGAGCGGUCCGCCGCACGAGCCCAGGUUCACGUAUCAAGCCAAGCUGGGCGGCCGCUGGUUCCCUCCGGUGUGCGCCAGCAACAAGAAGCAGGGCAAGCAGGAGGCGGCCGACGCAGCGCUCAGGGUUCUCAUCGGAGAGGCAGAGAAAGCGGCGCGGACAGGAGAGAACACUUCAGAGUUGCCAGUAACGGGCAGCACCCUCCAUGAUCAGAUCGCCAUGCUGAGCCACCAGCGCUUCAACGCGCUGACUACCCGCAUACAGCACAGCCUUCUGGGUAGGAAGAUCCUGGCCACCAUUGUCAUGCGGAAGGGCGACACCCUGGGGACCGUCGUCAGUCUGGGAACAGGGAAUCGCUGUGUGAAAGGCGAGGAGCUCAGUCUUAAAGGGGACACGGUUAAUGACUGCCACGCAGAAAUCAUAUCCAGACGAGGGUUCAUCAGGUUUCUGUACAGUGAGUUGAUGAAGCACUUGGAGGGUUCAGAGGAAAGCAUCUUUGAGGCCGGGGAGGAGAAUAAGCUAAAAAUCAAGCCUGACAUAACCUUUCACCUAUAUAUCAGCACGGCUCCGUGUGGGGACGGGGCGUUGUUUGACAAGUCGUGCAGUGAAUUGGCCACGGAGGCAGGCUCUGGUCACAUGCCGCUCUUCGAGAACGCCAAGCAGGGCAAGCUGCGUACCAAAGUGGAGAAUGGUGAGGGCACCAUCCCGGUGGAAUCGAGUGCCAUCGUGCCCACAUGGGACGGCAUCCAGCAUGGCGAGCGCCUCCGUACCAUGAGCUGCAGCGACAAAAUCCUGCGCUGGAACGUGCUGGGCCUGCAGGGGGCGCUGCUCUCACACUUCCUGCACCCCAUCUACCUGAGCACCAUCACCCUGGGUUACCUGUACAGCCAUGGUCACCUGACCAGAGCAGUCUGCUGCCGAUUGGCCAGAGACAGCGAAGCAUUCCUAAAGACCCUGCCUCCACAGUACACUCUAAAUCAUCCAGAGGUGGGGAGGGUGAGUGUGUAUGAUUCCACACGUCACACAGGUAAAACCAAGGAGUCCAGUGUGAACUGGAGUCAGCCGGAUCUUCUAAGUGUGGAGGUGUUGGACGGGACAAAGGGCAAAGUGGAUGGGCCGAAGUUGGAGAUCUCGCGUGUGUCCAAGUCCAGCCUCUUCCGGAUCUUCCAGGAGCUGUGCCACCGCGCCGGCCGCACGGACCUGAUGGCGAUGCCCUCGUACGCCCAGGCCAAGAUGGCCGCCGGGCCCUUCCAGCAGGCCAAGGGACUUUUCUUCCAGGCGCUCGGCCAGCAGGGCUACGGGGCCUGGAUCGGCAAGCCCCUGGAGGAGAAGAGCUUCGAGGGACACGAGAGCAACGGCGCCCCCGACGGAGCUAACAGUGCUUUUGCUAACGCGAACACACAUACCCACCCCUACAGCACAGCAUAUCAGAGCCAGUGAACCCAGAGGGGGGUGGGGGUGUGGGGGAGGGGGGGGGGGAGAGGAGAGGAGAGGAGAGGAGAGGAGAGGGGAAGAACAUCUAAGAGGAAAACUGGGUUGACUAGGGGCAGUGGGAGAGGAAGAGAGAGGGAUGAGUGAGUUGUAAGAAGAGAGGAGUAGCCAGGAGGAAGUGGCAUCCCUACCAGAGUGGUUGGAGGGGAGGGGAGAGAGAGAAGGAUCGAAAGAAAGAGAGGGGAGGAAGGGUAGACUGGUUUCCUCAGGGGGAAUGCACCCCUGACAUCAUCACUCGGGGGGAGUUGUCACAGUAACCAAACUGCAAAGACAACAAGCCUGGCAGUGGUAAGGCAAGCUGGGGCUAGUGGGCGAGCAAACGAAUUGGAUACUUUAUAGGGGGGAAUGUCUGAAAGAGCUUUCUUUUGUUUGUUUGUUUGUUUGUUUGUUUGUAGAGAUCGCUGAUCUCUCUCUUAUAUACAAUCAUAGAACAAUUAUGCUGUUGAUAAUCUCAUAGCAGAGGUAUACAAAACUUAGCAUCCAUAGUUGCAUUUAGUUCUUAAACGCCUCAGUGUUAAUGGGUAAGUUAUUUCUGUCUGAUGCCUGGUUCCGAGCUCCAUCCCCAGGGUCCUAAGUUCCCUCAUCUCCAGCUGUCCGUCAGUGUUGGCUACUCCUUCUAGAUCCACAGCCUCGUCAUUUUCCGCCUGUUGUUAUUGUAUAUGUUUUACACACUCUUUUUUUUUUUUGUUAACUUUCAUUUGACAGAAGGUGAAAGAAAUUGUAUACAUAAUAUACGUACAGAUACAUGCACACACAGAUAUAUACCCUCUAUGUAUAUAUACCCUCGGCACAGUUUGUGUGUGUGUGUGUGGAUAUAUAUAUAUAUUUGGAUUUGUGUGUUUAUGUAAAUGUAUAUAUUGUAUGUAUAUAUUUUAUAGAUAAAUGACAUGUUUUAUAUCGUUCAACUUUUUUUAAAUAUUGAGGAUUUUUUUUUGGUUUUGUUUUUUUUUUGUUUUUUUUUAAUGAAGGCAACAUAUUGGUGGCCUGCCAUAAGAAGAGUAUAAGUGAACAUGCACACACUCGCAUGGCUACACACACACACACACACAUACAUACAUGCCUGCACACACUCACACGCCUUCACACAUACAGUCUGCCAGUCAAGAGCAAAACACGAGAAAAGAGGAAUCCUAUCUUGUAGUCCAAAUCGAGUUAAUGGCUGUUGCGUUCAAAGAGCAGCUCUUCCUCUUUGCCGCCCCCGCACACACACACACACACACACACACACACACACACACACACACACACACACACACACACACGAGUCCCACCGCUCAGCACUGAGCACAUCUUCAAAGGGAGGGUCUCAAACACCCUUUCCUUCCCAUCAACAUGAAGAUCUCUUCAAAGCCUUGCCUGGCUCUUUCCCCCUCACUUGUACGAGUGUGCGCUCAAACGGGUUCCACUCGUACGGUACACCAGCAACUUGAGAGUUUUUAAAUCCGUGUUUCGCGAUUGGGCUACAUACAUAUAUGCAUUUCUGCACUAAUGCCCUAUACAGACACCACUGAUUAAGUUUUGUUUUUUAAUGCUGCUCAAUGUUCACUAUACUGAUGUUUGGUCUGUUCUAUUAUCUUUACAGCUGUAGUAUUCUGGACUGUGAAGGCAGGGUGAGGGUUUUCUCCUGCAAUAAACAGAAUGAAAACCAGGA